UUGGGCCUCUUUCCUCAUACAAGCCCACAUAAGCUAAGGUAUGUCAGUGAAGUCUCUCGUUCUUCUUCUCUCCGAUGUUGAGCUCGGAGCUGCGAUGGCUUUAAGAAAUCGUCAGCUAUGGCAGCAAACGAAGAUGAUUUACAAAGUGACGAUGGAGUAUUAUAGAUUCUUCAGUUCGAAACCGAAAGUAGAUUUGAGGAAGCUAAGGCCAAUGAUUCUGAAAAGGAUUGAGGAUCGGGCGAAAGAUUAUCCAGUAAAAUCCAUGGUUCCUGUUGCUGAAGGCGUCUUUAAGGCUCGAACCAUACUCUACCAUGGAGUUUCCGCAUUAAUGCAACGUUUCCCAACUUGGGCAUGCAAAUACUGUCCAGAAGUAUAUAUUGGUGAGAAUGGUCAUUUGAUACAAACUUGUCACGGUUACCGGCGGCGCGCUAAGAACCAGGCUCAUGAGUGGAUUAGAGGAAGCUUGAAUGAUAUUCUAGUUCCAGUAGAGGCAUUUCAUUUGCGAACUAUGUUUCAGAAUAUAAUCAAUCACCAAGAAAGAUUUGAUUAUGAUCGCAUCCCAGCAGUUGUGGAACUGUGCUUGCAAGCAGGGGCUAUUCCAAGUGAAGAAAUUGUAUGCGGAAGUAGUUUGCCCUCAAGUGUUCCUUUUCAAGCUGACUCUUUGUCUGGCGAUGAUUUGAUGUUGUUGGGAAGAGAAACCUUGAAGGCAUGGGAAGCACUUAGAUCUGGAGUUCAGAGGCUAUUGUUAGUAUAUCCAGCAAAGGUCUGUGAACAUUGCUCAGAAGUUCAUAUAGGGCCUUCUGGACAUAAGGCUCGUCUUUGUGGUGUAUUUAAGUUUGAAAGUUGGCGAGGAAGUCACUUUUGGAAGAAGGCAGAAGUGGAUCAUUUGGUCCCUUCAAAAACCGUGUGGUACCGCCGACCCCAGGAUCCUCCAUUACUUCUGGAUGACGGGCGGAAUUAUUAUGGGCAUGCUCCCGCUGUUGUUGAUCUGUGUACUAAGGCUGGUAUUAUUGCUCCUUCCAAGUACCAUUGCAUGAUGAAACUUGAAGGUCUAUCAGCCCCGUCUCUGUGAAAGGAAUGAUGGGAUCUUUUCCUGCUCUUAUUAAUGCAGUUUAAACAACAACCGCAAGGUGGGUCUAAAUUGGUUAAUUCUUCUGAAGCCAAACUUACUUUUGUUAUUCAGGCAACCCUAAAACUUGGAUAUA